CACUUGGUACGCGCGCAGUUGGCGAAGGGUGCAGAGGAGGAUCAGGAAGCCGAGGCCGGCGGGAUCAAAAUCGAUCCGUUCGAGAUCGGCCCUCUUUUGCCCGGCAGCGAGAUCAUCGAAGAAGUGCGGCACAUGCAGACGACGUCUGUUGACACUAGUCAGAACAAACCUACUGACCAGCCACAGGGACUUCAACGUGAAGCCUGGAUGACGGAAUACCUUCCGGUGACUGAUAAAAAGAUGACGAGAGCACGCAAAUUUUGCAGAAAUCCCGGCACAGAAGGCGUGGACGUUUCGUGGUUUGCAUCCCCCUCCGAUGACCCAGCAGCCCCGACUGCCCCCCCGCCCACGAGCAAACUGACCGCAGCGUUAGACGAGGCCAUCUCCGCCAGGGACCAGGAAAUGUCUGCGAUUCGAGAGGCCUAUAACAAGACGUACAAACGUGACCAGAGUCUGUUGGAUGCUCAUCGAAAAAAGUUGGAAAAGAAGAUGAGAAAAGAAGAGAAAAAGAAGAAGAAAAAACAUUCGAAGGAAAAGCGCAAAGAGAAGAAGUCAUCGCAUCACAAAAAGCUUAGCAUUGGCGUUUGUUGUGUCGCGGCUGCAGAUGUUGGUAUAAGAUAG